AUGUGGAUGCAGCUCUUCUGGCCCCAGUCCAUGGAACUGCUUUUGGGAACCACUGGCCUACAGGCGGAGGUGAAGCAGGUGGUGGACGAGAUGUUUCCUGAGGGUGCCGGGCCCUACAUGGAUCUGGACGAGGCAGGAGGCAGCACAGGGCUCCUGAUGGACUUGGAAGCCAAUGAAAAGGCAGUUCAUGCAGACUUUUUUAAUGAUUCUGAAAAUCUCUUUGAUGAUGAUGAUAUCCAGUGAGGUGUGUCUGGCGGUGCGUUUGCUCAAGCUUUGCCACGCGGUGGUGUGGUGGAUC